UCACUUAUUAAUAAUAAUAUUCAUAAUUUUUUUUGUUUAACGGGUAACGUCAAUCAGAACGCAUAAACUAAAAAUUCAAUUUUUUUUUUUUAGCUCCGUUAGCUGAACUGUGCCUAUUCCGUCUACUGAAAUCUAUCGGGCUGUACUUUAGAAAUUAUUACAACAUCUACUUGACGUAUUUCUAUUACUUGUUGCACGAGUAUAUUAGACUUAUAUUUAUUAAUAGUAGUUCAUCAAGUCAUCUUUAAACUACUAUAUCAUCAUUACUUAUAAAACUAUAAUAGUUCUCACAACCACUAAUAAUUUUUUUUUGCCCUCCCUGUUGCGAAAUAUUCACCACUAGAGAGACAAUUAAAACAACAACAACAACAACUACUACUAUCAUGGCAAAUUCGAAUUCUCCAUCGGAUGAUACCGAUUCUCAUCAUAACCAUAAUCAUAAUCAUGCCAAUCAUAUUAAAAAGAAGAGAGUUGGAAAAGCUUGUGAUUCAUGUAGAAUAAAGAAAACUAAAUGUGAUGGUAAGAAACCAUGUAAUCGAUGUUUAAUUGAUAAUAAAAUUUGUGUGUUCACUGAAAAGAAAAAAUUAAGAGAAAAGAAUCAUCCUCAAGGUUAUGUCGAAUUAUUAGAAACAAGAUUAGACAUCUUGACUAAAUCUUUAGAAAAAUUGAUUGAAAUACUGAAACCUCAUGUAAAGAUCUUAUCUGAUUUGAUUGAUCAAUAUGAUGAUGAAGAUAAUGAACAUGAUGAAAAUAAUAAUGAUAAUGAUGAUGACUUUGAUACUGAUGAAAAUGAUGAAGUUGAUAUUAAGGAAGAACAUAAUCAUACUGAUUUAGAUUCAAAAUCAACUGAUUCUAUCAUUCCAAUUAAUAGAGUGGUUACAUUUCUUAUUAAUAAUCAAGGUUUAUUAAAUAAUUUGCCUACUGAGUGGGAAGAAGGAAGUUUAAUUGCUGCUAAUUUAACUUCAAAAAAUUUAAUUAAAUCAAGUCAAUUAUUUGAAAAUCAUAAAUUAUCAAAUUUAUCUUCAUCCGAUUUUAAUCCGGUUAAUAAUAAUAGACCUAUCCUUGGUUCUUCCCACGAUUCAAAAAAUCACCAAAUUUCAAAUUUAGGCGAACCAGUGAAUAAAAAAGUCAAGCAAGAAAAAAAUACCAACAGUAAGAAUUUUUUAUUCCACGACGAUGAUGAAUUUGAAGAUGAAGAAGAUGCUUUUAUAGAUGAAGAUGAUGAAUAUGAUGAUAUUUCUUCUAAAGUUACUACCUCUCCUCAAAAUUCUCAAACUUCAAUAACUGAUCAAUUAAAUCUUCGUGAUUUUUCCCUUGGAGGUUUCUCACAGAAUUCUCAAAUUCAAGUCCAUCAUCCAUCACAAAUAGGUAAUAACAAUAGUAAUCAUCAUCAUCAUCAUCAACAUCAUCAUAGUCAUUCUGGUAUUCCCAAUGAAGUAGAUAAUGAAUCUAUGGUAUCUCCUAUAUCUUCAAGAAAAAAUUCCCAUAAAUCAUAUCAUAAAAGACCAUCACCACAAUCUCAAUAUGGUCAAAGUUUCGAUAAUAGUAAUAAUAAUUCAUCAUCGUUUGCAAAGGCUACUUUAUUUUCAUCUCCUGGUAAUGCUACUUCAACCUCUUCAUUACCUUUAUUAACUAAAGAUAGUUCAAUGAUAUCCACUGAAGAUAUUUCUGCCAUUACAAAUUCUCCUCCUACAUCAAUUUCAAAUGGUCAUCAACAACAAUCACAACAAGGGAUUGCUCCUUUAAAUAGAAGAUCAUCAUCUAGUUCUAUCAAUAGACCGUUUUCUCCUGGUCAUCAUCAAAAAUUAAGAAAUAGUGGUCAUGUUCAUAAACCUUAUCAUAAUGGAAAUGCUAAUGGUUCAACAUCAUCAACAUCUUCAAGUAAUCAAAAGAUAAAUAAUUUUAUAAAUAAUAAUGGAAAUGAAUUCCAUUUACAAAAUUUUUCAAAUCCAAGUACUACUGCUACAAGUUUAAAUUCAUUAUUUGAUUUUAAUAAUGCUUCCAGUGUAAAUGGAGGUAAUUUUAAGCAAGCAGCUGGUGUAAUGAACCAAUAUGAUAAUACUAUUAUACCAGCUCAAAGCAAUGAAAAUUCCAAUACAUCUUUAUUUUUUAAUGAUUUUAUUAAUCAACAACAGGCUCAACAACAACAAGUUCAACAAUUGAAUGGAUACCAUUCAACUUCUCAUCAACAACAAAUUUAUGAAGAACCUUCCAUUUUUGCAUUUAAUAAUUUCCAAUCGAUAGAUUUGAUAGUUAAUGAUAAUGGUCAAGAGCAUUCUACAAAUUAGUUCAAUUCCAUUACUUUCUAACAUCCCUUUGUUCAGUAUAUUUAUUCAUCGCUCAUAUAAAAUUAUAAUUCACACAACCUUUGAAUUAUUACAUCAGUUAUUUAUUUAUUUAUUUUAUUUUAUUUUAUUUAUCCGUCUACAACGAUUUAGUGCUAGUGUUUUUGCUUUUAUUGUUUUUAUUUGUUAGUUUACGUUGUAUAUAUCCUACUUCUUUCCUUUUCACCCCCCUCCUUGUCUCGUAUGGAUUUCGAGUUAGUAUUUCUUAUGGUUUUAAUUUAUUUAAUUUUUACGGUUUUUCUAUUUUCUAUUUUUAAUAUUAAAGGUUUUUGUUAAAUAAGUGUAAUUCGUUCAUUCACAAUUAGAGAUAUUGGAGCUUUUGAUGUGUAACUUAUUGAUUUAGUUCCUCUUACUAGUUUAAAAAUAUAUGUCUAUUUAUUUAUUUUAAACCAU